AUGUCUACAUUAAUAACUAUUCUCGAUGAAGAGAUUACUUAUAUUCAAGAUUUACUACAGUCUGUUCCAUUUAGUUCGGAUAGAACUACACAUUUCUUGAAUGUGUACAAGAUUUCCCACCAGCAACUAAUGCAAUUAAAUCAACAGCCAGCCAAAUUUCCGGUAGACGCUAAUAAAUUAUUAAAAUUGGGUAUAUCAUUAGGUAACUUGAUUAAGACAUUAAAAAUUGAUGAAGAAAGUUAUCAACAACAAAACUCACAACAGCGUCAAUUAUUGUCAAAUUUGAAUAAUGGAAGAAGUAGUUUUGGGGGUCAAGGAAGUAAUGGAAGUAGUCGAAUUUCUUCAACUUUAUCUGACCCAUUUAGGGAACCAUUACAACCUCCUCAACCUAAACAUAUCAUACAUUCAAAUACAAGUCCACCAAAUAAUUCAAUUAUUAAUAGUUUGACUUCUCAACCACCUCACCAAGUACGAUUCCUUAAGAAUUUGAUCAAUAUUUUAAAGAAUUUUGAUAUUGGAGCAAAACCAGCGGACCCAUUACAAUCUACAACUACAUUGAAUCAAACUGGUAAUAAUAGAGAUAGUAUGGCUUCUAACCAUUCUAUUCCUCAUACCCCACAAAGAGUUAUGUCUAAUGGAAGUACUUCAUCUUCAACUACAAACGUAUCACCAAUUAAGUUAAAUUCUAAACAAUUGUUGAUUGAAAAAUUGGAAAUUAAUAUCAAUUUAGAUAAUUUAUUUAUUUAUAAAAUCAUCUUGAAGUUGAUUCUUGAAAUUUUCCAAAUCUUGAAACAAAAUUUAAUCAAUAGUACAAAUAAAUUAAAUGAUUCAUUAUUCAGUUCUUCCAAAUACGAUUUUGAUGAAAGUUCAUCUAUUUUCUCCCUGAAUUCAUUGAAUUCGCAGGAUUCAAAUAUCAGUAAUGAUGAAUAUUAUAGAAUCUUGACGAAAAUUCUACAAAGAAUAAGUCAUGGGAUUGUUCAACCAUUUGUCUAUUUGAUUUAUAGAGAAUUCGUGGAGACUAAAAUCAGUGAUGAUUUCGCUCAAUUAAUCAAUAGUUUAUAA